AUGAGAGUCCCGGCGGCGGCAGCAGCGGCAGCGGCUAUGAGAGUGAUUCGGAGGCCUUUCUCCUCCUCCGCAGCUGGCGAGUUCGAUUUCGAGAUCCUGCCUGUGAUUGACCUAGAAGACUAUUGGCGGAGGAGAAGACACCUCAACGACUUCAUCUCGUAUAUAACGUCUUCCGAAAGCCCCUUGGACGCGGAGCUGGAUGGAGAUUUCGGACACAGUGUCUCUUUCUAUGCAUCCGUUCUGAAAGAUUUAACGACACAAGAGGUUCCGUUUCACUUGAAUAAGGCCCUCACAUGCAUGAUGUACAGGUGCGGAUCGGUGCAAGAUUGUUUGUUUCUUGUUGAUUUCUGGAAAGGGUAUAGAAACAGGCUUACUCGCAAAUCCUAUAACUCUCUGUUGCUGCGAUUGUCCACGCAUGGGCUGGUCGGCGAAAUGAAGUGCCUCUACACAGAUAUGUUGGAGCGUAGGGUUUCACCUAGAGACUACACGUAUAAUCUCCUGAUUUAUGGGUAUUGUAAGAUUGGCUAUGUAGUAGAAGCGAGGCAGUAUGUGUGUAAGAAAAUUCAGGCUGGGUUGGGUGUUGAUUAUCUCGCAGCUUUCGUCCUGGGUUACUUUAAAAGAGUGGAUGUGGAGUCUACUUUUAAGGACAUGCCUUGGAGUAGAAACGUGGUUUCCUACAACCCCCUUAUUCACGGUCUUUGUGAUGCUGGCAGGAUAGAUGAAGCUCUGAGCUUGUUUUCGGGGAUGAAAGAUGGUGAUGAUUGUAAGAAGAAGGCAAUGAGACUCCUCCCUGAGAUGCGAGACCGCGGUUUUGCUCCGAGUCUAGUCACCUACAACUUGUUCAGGUCUGGACAGGGCAGGUCUGGUAAUUUUGAUAACGCCUACAGACUGCUUGGUUUGACGGAUUGUUUUCAACACCGACAGACUCACAGCUGUAUCAUAGGUUUUCUGAUUCAUGGUUACUGCAAAACCGGGAAACUGGACCAUGCUCGCUUUUUGUUCGAUUGCUUCCCGCCGGACUCGUAUACUUUUACUGCCUUGAUACAUGGGCUAUGCAAUGAUGGGAACUUGAAAGAAGCCUUGUCAAUGGUGGAUAACAUGGUCAGGAUGGGCCUACAGCCUAGAGUCUGUACACGCACCAUCCUCAUCAGGCAAAUGCUAAAGCAAGGGGCUUUUGAUGAGGCCCGUUCAUGUUUCAACGACAUGUUGUCGUCGUCGUCCUCUGGAGAGAAGCCCGAUGCGCAAACUUACAACGCUUUUGUCGAGGCGUAUUGUAGCGCAGGGAGGGUGCAAGAAGCAGAGGAUAUGAUGGUGAAGAUGAAAGCUCAUGGUGUUCCUCCGGAUUUCUUCACUUACACGUUACUGAUCAAAGCUUAUGCACAUCUAGGGAUGACCUGCUCUGCCUUUCAUGUCCUAAAGCGCAUGUCUGAUGCUGACUCUGAGCCUUCCCACCACACUUUUUUGUCCUUGAUCAAACAUCUCGCUGCAGGGAAAGUUGGUGAAACGAAAUGUAUUAUGUGGAAGAUGUUGGAGUUUGAUGUCCUUGUCCAGCUUUUCAAAAAAAUGGUAGAGCAUGAGUGUACCCCUGAUGCAAAUUGCUACGAGAAGCUCAUAUUUGGCACUUGUGAAGUCGACAACUUGGGGAUAGCACAGGGACUCUUGGACCAGAUGGAAAAAAGAGGAAUGCCUCUGCUUGGUUACUGUAAAAGAAAGGAUUUGGACUCUGCUUUUCAGGUUUUAGACGACGUGCCUUGUAGUAGAAACUUUGUUACAUACAGCCACCUUAUCAAACUUCUUUGUGAUGGUGGCAAGCCAGAUGAAGCUCUGAGCUUGUAUGCGAGAAUGAAAGAUGAUGAUUGCAUCGACCCCACAGCUGAUACGUACGACGUACUCAUCAAAGGGCUUUGUAAGAAGAAUGUGCACAAGGCAAUGAGACUCCUCCCUGACAUGCUAGACCGUCCUUUAUUUCCAAGUCUAGACACGUUCAACAUGUUGAUCGCUGGACAGUGCAGGUCUGGUAAUUUCGAUACCGCGUAUAGACUGCUUGGUCUGAUGGAUUAUAUUCCAAACAAAAAUACUCACGGGAGUAUCAUAGACUUCCUGUGUCGAAGUAAGCGUGUGGAAGAAGCACGUGUCCUCUUCGACUCCCUUGCUCUUAGGAAGAGGAAUGAAGCCAUGUACAGUUUUCUGAUUCAUGGUUACUGCAAAGCCGGGAAGAUGGACCAUGCUCGCGUUUUGUUCGAGGAAAUGGAGAGCGACGGUUGCUGCUUCCCUCCGGACUCGUCUACUUUCACUGCCUUGAUACGUGGGUUAUGCGAUGAAGGGGGUUUGGAAGAAGCCUUGUCAAUGGUGGAGAAGAUGGUCGGGAUGGGUCUAGAGCCUACAGUCUGUACACGGACAAUCUUGAUCAGGCAAAUGCUAAAAGAAGGGGGUUUUGAUGAGGCCCGUGCAUGUUUCAACGACAUGCUGUCGUCCGAUGCCAAGCCCGAUGCACAGACUUACAAUGCUUUUGUGGAGGCGUAUUGUAGCGCAGAGAGGGUGCAAGAAGCAGAGGAUAUGAUGGUGAAGAUGAAAGCUGAUGGUGUUCCUCCGGAUGUCGUGACUUACACGUUACUGAUCAAAGCUUAUGGACAUCUAGGGAUGACAUGCUCUGCGUUUCAUGUCCUGAAGCGCAUGUCUGAUGCUUCCUGUGAGCCUUCCCACCAUAUUUUUUUGGCCUUGAUCAAACAUCUCGCAUCAGGUGUUGCGUGGAAGAUGAUGGAGUUUGAUGUCAUUGUCCAGCUUUUCGAGAAAAUGGUACAACAUGGGUGUAACACCCCUGAUGCAGAUUGCUACGAGAAGCUCAUAUUAGGCAUGUGUGAAGUCGGGAACUUGGGGAUAGCACAGAGACUGUUGGAGGAGAUGGAGAAAAGAGGAAUGCCUCUGCCUCCAAGUGAGAUGGUCUCUAAUGCACUUGUUGGCUGUUGCUGCAAGCUGCAAAAGUACGAGGAAGCUGCAAAGGUGGUUGAAAACAUGAUUUGCUGUGGCCAGUCACCGGAGCUAGAGUAUUGCAAGAGGGUGAUUCUCAACCUGUACCGAGGAGGAGCAAAAGAGAGAGGACGAUCAGUUUUCAAGAAGCUGCUUCGGUGUGGCUACUACUUCGAUGAUGAAAUAGCUUGGAAAAUUCUCAUCGAUGGUUUGCUCAAGGAUGAGCAUGUAGACGCAGACGCAUAUUCUGAGAUGUUCCAAGCAAUGCAAGAACACGGCUGCAAAUUCUGCCCUCAAACACAUCAAUCCCUUAUUCAGGGAAAGACUGAUCCUGCUAAGGCAGUCGCACCAUAUACCUCUGACCUUUUUACUUUUGGGACAGAAUUUUACUCCCUUUAG